AUGAACGCCGCACGACUGGCCGUGCGACCUGGCUUCGUCGCACGCGCCACGCAGCUGGUGCAAGGCGCCCCAGAUCGCCGACCGUCAAUUAUUCCCUCACCCUCUCAAAAUACCUCCGCGGUCCCCUUCACACACCGAUUGUCCCCUUUCUCGACCUCUGCCUCCCUCUCUUGCGCGAACCACAAAAACCCCGGCUCGAGUGCCUCUGCCACUUCUCAGACUGACAGUGAUGACUCGUCAACAGACAAGUUCACCAUUGGCCUGCGCAAGAACCAGGAAUGGGCUGCUCAGACGGCGCGUGAACACCCCGACCUCUUCCCUACCCUUGCCACCGGCCAGCAGCCUCAAAUCCUCUGGCUCGGCUGCUCCGACUCGCGAUGCCCUGAAACCUCGAUGCUGGGCCUCCAGCCCGGUGACGUCUUCGUUCACCGCAACAUUGCGAAUAUCCUGCACCCCGGUGAUCUGAGCUCGGGUGCCGUUAUUGAGUACGCCGUGCAGCACCUGCGCGUCAAGCACGUCGUGGUCUGCGGUCACACUUCCUGCGGUGGUGUCGCCGCCGCCAUGGGCAACAAGCAGCUGGGUAUUUUGGACCCCUGGCUUCUGCCUCUGCGCCAGGUGCGCGAGCGCAACCUCGCUCUGCUGCAGUCUCUGCCGGCCGAUGAGGCUGCGCUGAAGCUCGUGGAGCUGAAUGUGCGUGAGGGUUUGAAUGUGGUGACCCAGAAGAGCGUGGUUCUGAACGCGAUCCAGGAACGUGGACUCAAGGUCCACGGCGUGAUCUAUGACGUUGGUUCCGGUGUUCUGCGUGAGUUGGAUACUCAGGAUUCUCAGGAUGCCAUUCGGGCUCGUUUGGUUGCCUUCAAGACUGAUGCCUAA